GGGAAGGCCGAGGGGCUCGAUGUGAUCUGCGCUCCGGCCUCAGGCGUCGACUGCCCGGGUCUGCGCGCGGCCCCGCCCCCCACGCCCCUCCCCGCCGCCGGGGCCCGGCCUGCGCGAGCUCCGAGCGGCGGGCGACCAGAGACGCCAUGUACCGGCUACUGUCAGCUGUGACGGCGGAGACCGCGACCAUCGGGGGCCGGGUCUGGGGCUGCGGGCGACGCGGGGCCCACUGGCGGGCCGGGCUGCCACCGCUCGGCUACGGCUGGGCGGGGGGCCUGGGGCUGGGGCUGGGACUGGCUCUCGGGGCGAAGCUGGCCGGCGGGUUGAGGGGCGCCACCCCCGCUCAGCUCCCGGACACCCCGGACCCGGAGGCGCAGCCUCUGGCCGAGCCGCCACAGGAGCCGUCCCUCGCGUUGCGGGCUCCGCAGACCCCGGCACCGUCCCCCGCCAAGUGCUUCGCCAGGGCCAUCGACAGCAGCCGUGACCUGCUGCAUAGGAUCAAGGAUGAGGUUGGCGCACCGGGCAUAGUAGUUGGAGUGUCCGUAGAUGGAAAAGAAGUCUGGUCAGAAGGCUUACCAUGGUCAGAUGUGGAGAACCGUGUCCCAUGCAAGCCAGAGACCGUUAUGAGGAUUGCCAGCAUCAGCAAAAGCCUCACCAUGGUUGCCCUUGCCAAGCUGUGGGAAGCAGGGAAACUGGAUCUCGAUGUUCCGGUGCAACACUAUGUUCCCGAAUUCCCAGAAAAAGAAUACGAAGGGGAAAAGGUUUCUGUUACAACAAGAUUACUAAUUUCCCACUUAAGUGGAAUUCGUCAUUAUGAAAAGGACAUGAAAAAGGUGAAAGAAGAGAAAGCUUAUAAAGCCUUGAAGAUGAUGAAAGAGGCAAUGGCGUCUGACCCAGAAAAGGAGCUGAAGGAGAAAGGAGGCAAAAGUCAUGAAAAGAAUGACUUUGUGAAAGCUAAAACUGAACAGGACAAUGAAGCAAAAUGCCGGAAUUCAAAACCCGGCAAGAAAAAAAAUGAUUUUGAACAAGGUGAAUUGUAUUUGAAAGAGAAGUUUGAAAAUUCAAUUGAAUCCCUUAGAUUAUUUAAAAACGAUCCUUUGUUCUUUAAACCUGGUAGUCAGUUUUUGUAUUCAACUUUUGGCUAUACCCUGCUGGCAGCCAUAGUAGAAAGAGCUUCAGGAUGUAAAUAUUUGGACUAUAUGCAGAAAAUAUUCCAUGACUUGGACAUGCUGACAACUGUGCAGGAAGAAAAUGAGCCAGUGAUUUACAAUAGAGCAAGGUUUUAUGUUUACAAUAAAAAGAAACGUCUUGUCAACACGCCUUACGUGGAUAACUCCUAUAAGUGGGCUGGUGGAGGAUUCCUGUCCACAGUGGGUGACCUUCUGAAAUUUGGGAAUGCCAUGCUGUAUGGUUACCAAGUUGGGCUGUUUAAGAACUCAAAUGAAAAUCUUUUACCCGGAUAUCUCAAACCGGAAACAAUGGUGAUGAUUUGGACCCCAGUCCCUAACACAGAGAUGUCUUGGGAUAAAGAAGGCAAGUAUGCCAUGGCUUGGGGUGUCGUAGAGAAGAAGCAAAUGUAUGGCUCCUGCAGGAAGCAGCGCCAUUACGCCUCACACACCGGGGGCGCAGUGGGUGCCAGUAGUGUCCUGCUGAUCCUUCCAGAAGAACUGGACACAGAGGCCAUAGCCAGCAAGGUUCCCCCAAGAGGAAUAAUUGUUUCUAUCAUAUGUAACAUGCAGUCCGUUGGCCUCAAUAGCACUGCUUUAAAGAUUGCCCUGGAAUUUGAUAAAGACAGAUCAGCCUGGUAAUAUCACAGGUGCAUAAUUAGCUGUUUUGGUUUUUGAAAGUUGAUGUCCCAAAAUACAUGAGAUUUUUAACGUUUGUAAUAAGAGUACAAUCGAAUGUGGAGAAUUAUGUACCUCUAAUUGCUUAAUUUUGUAACUUUUUAUUGUAGAAUUCUUUACACUCAGGGAAGUAAUUUUUGUUUGUACUUUUUAAAAAAAGUGUUAACUCUUAAAAUAAAAUAUUCUGAU